AUUGAUAAAAUCUUAAUGUUAGUCUAACGCACUACAGUUUAAAUUCAGUUAGAUACUCGUACAGCCGAUAGCAACGGCGAUUCAUGCAAUCUCACUUCAGUUCAGAGAUAACUCUAACGCAGAUCAGCUGUUAUAGAUAAACAAACAAACAGUCUCAUCCUUCCAUCCCAAACUAUUGCAUAAACUGACACCACACCAACACAUUCUAAUGAGGUCGCUGAAUUCCGAGAUCCGAGCAAUGUGUUCGAGCACGAUGGGUGCGUUGCUGACGUUGGCGUAUUUUUUGCACUGCGAAGGUGCGCCGGCGCCGGCGCUCAACGACCGGCCCAUCAUCGGCGUGCUAGCCCAGGAGCAACACUACAAGUUCUGGGACAAGUAUCCUGAGAACUACACUAGUUACAUCGCGGCGUCGUAUGUGAAAGCUUUGGAGGCGUCCGGGGCAAGAGUUGUACCGAUAAUGAUCGGGAAAGACCGUGCAUAUUACAAAGAUAUUAUUGGAAAAUUAAACGGCGUCCUGUUCCCCGGCGGAGCAACAUACUUCAACCAGUCCAACGGUUUCGCAGACGCAGGGCAACAUAUCUACGAGUCAGCCAUCGAGAUCAACGAGGCCGGGGACUAUUUCCCUAUCUUCGGCACCUGUCUUGGCUUCGAGCUGAUCAUCAUACUGGCCUCGGGCCGGGGGCCGGUCGAGAACAGAGUCCAUUGCCACUCUUUUGGGAAUAGUCCUCUUAAUUUUACUAGUGAUUUCCGCAAGAGCAAGAUGUACAAGAGCGCUGGUGAAGACAUUAUCAAUAUAUUGUCCCGUGAAGACAUCACAGCCAACCAUCAUCAAUUUUGUAUUGUGGAUGAGAACCUGAAGUCUCACAACUUGACUAAAGAGUGGCGAGUAACGGCACACAGCAACGACGCCAACGGACUGGAAUUCAUAGCUAGUGUGGAACAUAAUAGGUAUCCGUUUUACGGCGUCCAGUUUCAUCCAGAAAAGAUCUACGAGUGGAAACAAACCAAGUCUUACCCUCACAGUUAUACUGCGAUCAAAGCGAAUCGUCACUUCAUGGAUUUCUUCGUGAACGAGUGUAGAAUGAACAAUCAUAAGUUUUCUGAUGAAGAAGAAGAGAAUAAGUGCCUUAUUUAUAAUUAUAAUACACAUUUUACUGGCGCUGAAGGUAGUGAAUAUCUGCAGUGUUAUUUCUUUGAGCCUAGGAAUGUUGGGAAAGGUAAAGAAAAUUAUUCCAAUGUUGCCAUUUAAGAUUAUAUUACCAUUUAAGUACAUAACAUUAUUGUUGAUUAGGUAUUGUUUAGUAUUAAUAGACGUAAUUCAUGAGUUUUUAAA